AUGGUGACAGACCGGCGCUUUCUCCUAGUCAUAUUCACGCCAAAUAUGAUGCCUGAGUACGAGGUUAAGCUCCUGCUCAAACCCACCGCAGUCCUCCGCCUAGAUAAGGAGCUCCAGGACACCGUCCUAUCGACCUUCGCUAUGCCAGCAAGCGCCACUAAGCAGAGUAUUCACGCACGCAUCCGCAUGACUGAGAACGACGAUGGUUUGGAGCUGACGUAUAAGAAGCGGUAUGCCAUCAUGGGCGGUGACAUCGACGCCGGUGACGUGAAGUACGAGGCACAAGUCGAAUGGGGCUAUCAGAAGCAGACGCUCUCUAUCAGCCGCAAGAAGGUGGCGGAGUCUACGAACAGCGAGGUGGAUCUGCCGGGGGAGUCAAACUCUCGUGCGAUGUUAAUUGACGAAGCGCCCGAUAAGUUCGAUAACUUGCAGGGCACUAACUGCGGCACUAGCAUGUUGGCAAAGUCGCGCAUAUUUGUGCCAGUCCGCGCCAAGCGCUCCGUUGGCAAGCGGGAGGGGAUGCGGCUCUAUAUCCAGGUUUGGCCUAUUGGCAAACGCGGGAGCACUGAAAUCGACUACCUCGUCGAGGCAUCUUUCAAGACUGAGAGCCGCAUGAUAGCUUCGACAAAGCACGACAGAUUCAUCUCCUACCUGCAGGAUAAGGGUUGGUUUCUCUGCAAGGACUCACUAAAGACGCAGCUCAUCAUGGAGGGUUAUUAA